AAAUUGCUGUAUGUAGCUAUGUACGCUCUUAUAAUCCUCGACAUCUCACUUAAUCAGUACCGUUCCCAAAUCACUUAAUCAGUACUGCUUAUGGAUCCAAUCACCAUUCCAUCAGGAGUCUCCUCCUCUCCUGCUUUGCCUCGUUCAUGGACAUACGAUGUUUUUUUGAGUUUUAGAGGGGAGGAUACACGCAAGAAUUUUACAGAUCAUUUGUACAGCAGCUUGGUUCAGAAGGGAAUCAAAACCUUCAGGGAUGAUGAACAUCUCACUAGAAGAGGAGAAGCGAUUUCGUUGAAAAUACUGAAAGCACUUGAAGAGUCCAGGAUUUCUAUCAUCAUAUUCUCUCCCAACUAUGCGUCCUCAACAUGGUGCUUGGAUGAACUUGUCCAGAUCCUUCACUGUAGAGAAUCAAAGCAACAAAGGGUCGUACCAAUUUUUUACAAGGUGGAUCCGUCAGAAGUAAGAAACCAAAGAGGAAGAUUCGGCGAUGCAUUUGCUAAUCAUGAGCACAGAUUCAAGCAUAACGAUGAGAAGGUGAUGCGAUGGAGAGCAGCUCUCAGAGAAGUAGCAGAGUUGAGCGGGUGGCUUUUCUCGGACGAGUAUGAAUCUACUUUCAUUCAUAAAAUUGUCGAAGAUAUUUCAGUACAAGUUUUUAACGACCACACAUACUUGAAUGUAGCAAAGUACCCAAUUGGAAUAGAUUCUCGUGUACGAGAUAUAAAUAAUCUUUUAGGAGUGGAAGAAAAUAAAAGUGAUGUUCGCAUGGUUGGUAUAUGUGGGAAUGGUGGAAUAGGCAAGACCACAGUUGCUAAAGCUGUGUACAAUGCAAAUGCACAAAAGUUUGAAGGUAGUUGUUUUGUGGCAAAUGUUGGAGAAAUUUCGAAGGCAGCAGGAGGUCUAGCUAAAUUACAAAAGAUUGUUCUUUCUGAGAUUCUAAAGGAAAAAGAUUUGGAGGUGACAAAUGUUGACAAAGGAAUCAAUAUGAUAAAGAGAAGGUUGAGAGAAAAAAGGAUUCUCUUAAUUCUCGAUGAUGUUGAUCAACUGGACCAGUUAAACAAUUUAGCUGGAGGGUCUGAUUGGUUCGGAUGGGGUAGUAGAAUUAUCAUAACAUCAAGAGAUAAGCAUUUGCUAGUGGCUCAUCAGGUUGACCCAAUUUAUGAAGUCAAGGGAUUAAAUAGUGAUCAAGCUUUACAGCUCUUCAGUUGGAAUGCCUUCCCAAAAAGUAAACUUUCAUCUGAUUAUGAGGAACUGGCAAAUAAAGCAGUACACUAUGCUCAAGGGCUUCCAUUAGCACUCGUGCUUUUGGGUUCACUUCUUUGUGGUAAACAUUUGGAUCAAUGGCAAACAGUCUUAUCAGUGUUAGAUAAUAAGAAAAGAGUUUCUAAGAAGAAGAUUUUAGAGGAUCUGAAAAUAACUUAUAUUGCAUUAGAAGAAUGGAAAACUGUGUUGGGUGUAUUAGAUAGCUAUAAAAGAGUUCCUAGCAUAAAGCUUAAAGAUCUCAGAAUAACUUAUAAUGCACUAGAAGAUCCGGUGAUUGAAGAACUCAUGCAAAAGCCUCUUUUAAAUAUUGAAGAAACUCGUAUUUGGAUGCAUGACAUGAUUGAAGAAAUGGGUGAAGAGCCUCACAACUAUAGAAUGGCCACUUCAACCGCGUGGAUCUUUUUACUCACCAAUGUUGGUCUAGAAAUUUCUUCAGCUAUGUUUGAUCAAUUUUCCUCCCCAAGUAAUAAGCCCCAUUUUUCACUAAUUAGCAUGGUGUUGGCUAUUUUGGCUGUGAUCAUUUCCAUCUGGGAGCUCAUUCACAAGGGUAUAAAGGAGAGAGUGAAAUAUAGGAGGCAACUGGGAAUGUGUGGGUGGUUUUAUUCACGUUCCGGUAACAAAAUCUUUGGUAGUGUUCCUGACAUGUGUGGUUUAUUUGGUGGCAUCUCUCAGUGGGUCUACUCAACAGUUCAGUAUGCUUGCAUCCUUCGGCACAUUGAGAAUCCUUACAAAAUAUACCUUUGGCCUAUCAUAUUCCUCCUAUGCUUGGGUGCUUCAAGGUUACAUUGGAACCAAAGAAACAUGACCAAAAAAUUGAAAAAGUAGAGCAGUUUAUUGCCCUCUAUGAACUUCACCAGGUUCCUAUAUAUUGAAGAUUUGUUAAUCUGGCAGGCAUCUCUGGGCCGGAUGUACAUCCAUUUUAUGUGCCAAAAUUGUUUGUUGUGAGUUUAUGCUCAGUGUCAACUUUUCUUCUUUUCCAAUAUAUGUUCAAUAAUAACUACGUUUGCAAGCUGAUGAUAUCUAGCUAAUCGCUAUACAUGCAUGCGCAUGAUCGAUGUUUAUGCUAGGAAGAAGCAGGUUGCAGUUUUUUUUUCCUUUUUUUUUUUUUUUUCCUUCUGUGUUGAUUUGGUUUAAAAUCGUAUCAGAAAUUCAUGUUCACUUGGCCCAAAGACAGCCAGUAAUUAUCUGCACCAUUACACCAAGGAGAACCCUAAACCAGUCAGCUCUCCACAACCCAAACUUACCACCACCAUGUCAGGGAUGAAACCACCGCCAUCUGUGUUGAAAGUUGAAAUCACCCUGGUCAUCCCAAGUGCUGGAACGUCUACUCGCCUAGCCAUGCUCUUUAACCAAUAACAGGGACUAAAGUCUAAAACCGCCCCCAAGAGGGCAAAGAUUAUUUGAGAACAGUACCCACCAAGUCGCAGUUGCCGUCAACCAAGGAAAUCACGCACCCCAAUUAGGAUACCAACGCUUCUACAGCAUACCAAACCACCAAAACGGUGCAUGAAACUCCGACCAAACCCCAACCCGAAUCACUUAAACGUACGUAGAUAAGAACCGAAGAGCACCAACGUACACUACGAGAAAACCAAUGAGUUACGGAGGAGCCACGCAAGAGUUCAGGGUCAGCAGUGAUAAAGUAAUAUGGGGUUCACAUCUAAAACUAAUUGGUAAUGGAUUGAGUGGCCCAAACCCUUAUAAACCCAUAGGCAAGGUCCCAUUUUUAACCCUUAUAAACCCAUAAGCAAAGUCCCAUUUUUCCCAUGUGGGAUGU